AAUACUUCAUUGUCUUCAUUAUUUUAUUCAUAAGUUUAAAUACUUACGUUUGUGUAAAACUAAUUUAUUAUGUUUACUAUCAAAAUCCCAUCUUAUUGUUCAGAGAGUGCCCAAAAAAUAACAAAUAUUGACAGUGAUCGCUUCAAGCAACUACUUAAAACAAAAUGGGAUGAAAUUCACGAUCAACCAGAUGUUUUUCGCUACAAAGUUAACAAAAUGAGAGAAAUAAUUGUGGAUAAUAGAUACAUACUACUGUUGAAUCCUGACCGUGGAUUCAAAAGAAGAGAGCCGGAGUUCAUAGACAGUAUCCACAAGCCAUAUAACCCUGAUGAGUUCAAUUUUAACAAAACAUCAACAAAAGAACAUUUAUUUACUAUGCAUGAAAACAACAGUACAGACACACACCUACUCCUAGUAAAUGUGAGUCCCAUAUCCCGGUACCACACUCUGCUGUGCCCGUCAGUCAAUAAAUGUCUGCCACAGGUUGUGACUGAAGACAGCAUUAGAUUGGUUUUAGACGUCAAGUUCUUGGCUCAGGAUCGUGAUCUAAAAAUUGGUUUCAACAGUCUCUGUGCUUUUGCUUCUGUGAACCACCUACACUAUCACUUGAUGUAUGAACAGAAUACACUUCAUGUUGCAACUGAUAAAUGCACCCACAUAAAAGGUCCUCUCUAUUUAAUAAAUAAUAUAGUCCCAGCAUUCUGUUUCCAAGUGACAAAAGAAACAAAAACCAAAGCAGUUAAACACAUCUUUAAACUGGCUGAAUAUCUCGUAUCAAAGUCCAUAGGACAUAAUAUAUUAGUCACUGAUGGGGAGCCUAUGGUACUAGGGUGUAAUAACGUGGUACCAGAGUGUAAGAAUAUGGUACCUCGGUGUAAUGAUAUGGUAACAGGGUGUCAGAAUGCGAUACCAGACUGUAAGGAAGUAGUACCACGGUGUAAUGAUAUGGUACCAGAGUGUCAGGAUAGUGAGGUGGUGAGAGUACUGGUGACGCCAAGAUUGAGCACUGCCGGUGUUAAAAUGUUGACGUCGUUCAAUGUGGCUGUUUUGGAGCUGAGCGGAUGGUUUCCUGUGUACGAUGCUGAGUAUUUCGAUACGUUCAGUGCGGCAGAUUUAGAAAAGGAAUUGAGUAAAUGGAAGUUACCUAAUUUUGACGAAUUAUGUGAUGAAGUUAAAUCAUUGUAUUAAUUGUAUGUGAUACCUACGUGUUAUUUAUGUCUUUAUUAUACCCAAGGCUAAG